ACCUGUCCAGGUUGUCCCCUGUCUGCGCUCAAGUCAGCUGGGAUAGACUCCAGCACCCCCCGCGACCCUAAUGAGGAUAAAGCGGUGUAUAGAGGAUGGAUGGAUGGAUGGACAUUUGAGGGAUCACUUACUGCUAUCAAUGAACAGUCUCCAAUCUGUGGGGUCAUACUUUGGCACCCCGAGCUUGUGCAGGAGACCCGCAAUGUUUGAACAAUGCACCAAAUCAUUCUCCUCAGAGAAAAAACAGAGGUAUUCCUGGUGUCUGUUUCUGUAAAAUGUUAUGCAAGUACUGUCUGCAAGAAGGUUCUUUUCCUUCAGUCGGGAAGCCAAAAGCUUAGAUCACGAACUAGAUCAUUUAGCUAUAUUUGUGUGAAAGGAUGUGGAGCAUCAUCAUCAAGAAACACCUGAUCCUCUUGAUCUUCAUGGUCACUAGAGGAAUCUCCCUCACUAAUAUCUGGAAGCUCUCCAAAGACAGGUACUGGGAUGUCAUCACAGUGAGCUACAGGAUGAUGUGCUGAUUGAAGAUCAGGAUAUGUAAGGCUGCCCCUGUUCUUUCUGUUAAUCCCAGUUACAUCUACAGCACAGAAGUAGCAGUUAGUGACAUGGUUUGCUGGUUCUCUCCAAACCAUGGGAACUCCAAACUUUAGACAACUCUUCUUGCCCUUUGUCCAUUGACGCAGAUACUCAGUACAUGCUUUGCACACCAUAUGUGGGGCCCAGGCUUUAUCCUGGUCACCAAGCUUUAUACCAAAAUAGGCAUUAUAGGCACGCUUUAUGAAGCUUGUAACAGAGUUCCUGUUAGGUGCCAAUGUGUAUUCACCACAGAUGUAGCAGAAUACAUCAGGUUGAUUUUUGCAAGCUCUUCUGCGAGAAGCCAUGGUAUUCACCUAUGUGCAAAGAAUAAAAAUAAGUAAUUUACUGAAGAUAUUUCAAGAAACAAAAACUGGGUAUCAUCCAAAACAAUAUACGAUAGAGAUGUACACCAAAAAUAUAGUGAUUGUAAGUUGUAGAUGCGUAAACAAUAAAGCAAUCAUACGCAUAUAUAUAAAGAAAAGGUGAAAAACAACAAAUGGUCAUAGUUAAAAAAGUUGACCUGAUAGAGCAAAACUAAUGUUAUAUUUGAAUUCUGCACCCCAAAAUUAUCUUAAAUCAGCUUUAAAACCUCAGACAAUUUUUUUGUUGUUGACCAGUGUAAUGGAUGGACGCUUUUUCUGCCCUCUUCGUUCACAAGGAAAAAGACGAAACAUGCGUAUAAACAUAUAGUCAUCUUGUGCACCGUGGGUAACCUAAGCUUGAGCCAAAGGCAGUGUGUUUGUUAUCUAACCAGCGUAUUGCACUGGUAGAUGCUGAGGUGGUAUGGUAUAUUUCAGCCAUUCCAAUCAAAUGUCGCACAUUGACUGAAUCAGGGAUAAAGUAAGUUAGAAGAGGUGCAAGUCACAGGAUCAACACUAUGGUACUAAAUACACAGACUGAUAUCAUUCAGCAAACACAAAGGGUCAGUUUUUAUUUUUUUUUAGUACAUACAGAUGGAGAUGUGCUUUGCUAUCAACCAUGGUACACUAUGUGUAUGUAUUUUCUUUUGAUCUGUCUUGACAUAUGAGCUUGUAAAUACGAGCAUUCCCGACUGGCUGUAUGUGUCAUACAUAUCAGGAAGUAACAAAGCACAGUGGAAUACAAAGACACUUGAUAAAGUUCUUUUAUCACUCUUGGUAAGGUCUGUUAGAACUGAUAAGACAACCAGUGCACACAGUCAGCUAUUCGCCAGCUAUGCAAACUGUGUGCAUCUAUUUUUAGAAAUUGUGACCAUCUGCAAACCGGUGUCAACUGUACUCUCCACACCCCCUGUUUUUGUAGGAGUGAAAGGUGUCUGUGUCAUGGAACUAUGGUAAAGUCAAGUCAGUUCAAAAACAGUUUCAUUGUACAUGGAAAUUCUUACUUUGUUUUAUUUGGUGUUAGACAAUAUUUUGUGAAAAUAAGAGCACUUGUUUGAGACUGAAAGAACAGACUAGAAGAAGAAAAACAGGUAUUUUACUUUGAGUAUACACUGGUACAUGUAUUGUUUUAGAAACUACAAACUCUGGAAAUACAACUACAAUAUCAGCAUUUAUUGAGAUAAAGAAAAACUAGAAGGCAUGUUUGACAAUAUAGUUUAGGUUUUUGUCGUAACUGGUGUGAAAAUCUUCCAACACAUUAUUGCACUGCAAUCUUAACUUGAGUGUAAAGUAAACCUAUAAAUGGUAACCAUGUUCGUGUUAAUGAGAAUAUAAUUUAACUCUGACUGAUGGUGUGAAAGAGAUAGAAAAGGGCUUAGCAUGAAAAGCAGGACAGGCUUGUUUUGUUGAUCAAGUUCUAAGGAAAGCAGAGAAGGAGGUGUGGCCACUUUCAGGUGGAAUUCCCCUGAAUCACCUGAGUUCAUCCCUCACUCCUUUACAGACGUAUAAAACGUCAUGUGCAUAAAUACGGCAGGUGCAUCUUUUCCUCGGAGACAGAGAUUACAUAGAGAAUAGGCAGAGGAGAGCACUGAUACUAACAGUGAAAAUUAUACAGCAUACACCGUGGAUUGUUUUGGAUCAUCAUACUUUCUCAUCAUAUUGUGGCGUGUGCUGUAAUCAGCGUCUCCAUGUCAUCACCGUGCCUCAGCAGUAUCCUGACUCAUGCCAAUCUUACCAUGUAUCAGACUGGCUUGCCUGAUGUCCUGCCACAACAGCUUAAUACGCUGCCCAGCAUCAACACCCUACAGUACAGCAGUGCAGCAUACAACUCUGUCAUAAGCGGUCAGUGGUACAAGCAGAUCAACCCUCACUGCUGGACAGCAGAUCAUGUUCUCGAGUGGAUCAGUGAGCAUGUAGAGAGCACCAAGUUUGAUGCCAGCAUCUUGAGUCUGGACUACUGUGCCAUGGAUGGCCCGACCCUCUGCCAGAUGAGUCAGGACCAGAUGACUGAUGUCUUUGGCCUGCAGCUUGGCACACACCUCCACCUGAGUCUGCAGGAAUACAAGACCAAAUAUGAGCUGCAAAGCUUGUCAGGACCAGAGCUAAACGAGACCUGUCAGCUCCUAGACAACUUCCUGGACAACCUAAACUUCCCUUUGCUCAGCACGAUUCGUAUUGGCCAAGCUGAAGAAGUGAUCAACAAGAGAGAGUUUGACUGCCAGGAUGAUUAUGAUCUGACGAGUCUGGCCAUGGAACCCAUGACACCUCUGGGAGACACCGAGUACCUGUCUGAUAAUCAGUCUGACAGCGAGUACAGCUCCUCCUCAAACAGUGGCAUGUUUGGCUUUGCCGGCAUUGGCUCUCCAGAAUCUGGCAGCAGUGAAUCAGAACCAGAGUUCUCCUACCCUCUGAUCUCAAAAGUGCACAUCAAAACGGAAAAAGAAGAGUCUCGAUUGAAGCGACCACGGGGGCGUCCUCCUAAAACCAGUCGAGAGCACAGCAGCAGUAUAUAUGACAACCCAAAGAAAAAUAAACAUGCACCCCGUGGCACUCACCUGUGGGAGUUUAUCAGGGACAUUCUGAUCCACCCAGAGAGGAACCAGGGUUUGAUGAAGUGGGAGGACCGCCGUGAGGGUAUUUUUAAGUUCCUCAAGUCGGAGGCUGUGGCUCAGAUGUGGGGACAGAAGAAGAAAAACAGCAGCAUGACAUAUGAAAAACUGAGCCGCGCCAUGAGGUAUUACUAUAAAAGGGAGAUCCUGGAGCGUGUCGACGGCAGGAGGCUUGUAUACAAAUUCGGGAAGAACUCCAGUGGCUGGAAGACUGAGGAACUUGGCAUGGGCAUAUGAGGCAUCACUCAUCAACUGAGCAGGGAAGCAGAAAGCCUGUCAGAGUGGUAGAGCAGGAACUACAAAUACCCAUAUGCACUGUCCAAAAAAAAGAAACCCUUACUGUCUGAAACGUUUAAGACGUACUUCCUCUAAGAAGGGAGAUGUUGCAGAAAAUGUAAGCCAGUGUUUUUGGCUCUAGUAGGUUUUAUGAACCAAUAUUAAUAUUUUACAUGUGUUUUUGAUUGUCACUACAGAAUCUAUGUGCGCAAUAUUUUAGUGUACAUCAUUUUAGAUGAUUGUUAGCUUCUGCAAGCACUCACAGCAACAGCAACCUAUUUACAGAUGUACAAAUAUCACUCCCAUGUUAAACUUAAUCUUUACUAAAGUGGGACUCACUCGUCCUCAUCUGUUACUGUGGCUUUGUUUUGUUUUGUUGGAAACAAAACUGAGGUAGGGCAUAUGUAAAACUAACUGUGGGUCUGAAUCUCGGACCAAGUGUGGAGCACACAAUGUAAAGAGAUAGAACCUAGAAAUGUAGGGGAUGUGAACUUACAUUAACACAAUAAUGAUGUGCAGUACAUGUCUAUUAGUAUUACUUAUUAUAAAGUGUGUUUACAUAAUGUAGUCGAUGAGUAACUUCAUGAAAUGCUGUGAUAUCUGUUUUCCUGUAAAAUAGUUUUUAAUGAAUCAGUCAGAAAUCAGUUGCAUGUUGCCAGUGUGAUUGUUUGAAUGUGAUUAAUCUACUUUUUAUCCAUCUUUAUCCAAAAUAUAUGGUAUGUGGAGAGAAUCUCACUGUUUUAUAAAGAGACAUUUCUGCAGCUUUUUAAAAAAGAAAUAAAUUUUGCACUUCC